AUGGUGAAGAGAUCAUUGGUAGCCCUGCUGCUUGCCCUGGCUUGCUCAGCCACGUUGUUCACCCAAGGACUGGCUGCUACUGCUGCUGAAGAUGAGCAGUCGUCGUCUGCACACGUCGCCACCUUUUGGCGCCCUUGGGGUCGCAAGACAUGGCCAGCAUUCCCACCUGUGCCUUCCCAUGGGAAGUGGCCCCCAGGAGGCCCAGCCCAGGACCCCAAAAUUGCCAAGUGCUUUGAUUCCUUCAAUUCAGUAGGAAGCUGCCUGAAACCCCCCAUCGGAGCAGACUGUUGCGGUGCCCUUAAGGCAAUCCAGAGUGAAUGCGCCGGUUUAAGUGUCGGUCCCAUCAACAGUGCAAUACUCGAUCCUUUGGUGAAGCUGUACUGUUCUGGUAACGGGGGUGCACCAGCACCACCAGCUUAG